AUGCAAGUGGUCUUGAUCAUGAUGGUUGGACUAGUUUUCUUUCUUGCACCUAUUUUCUUAUCUGUUUCCUCGGCAAAGCAUUCUCCGUCCAGUGUUAACGUUGUGUCUGGGAUCUUCAUCUUCGGAGACUCAAUCUUCGACGCCGGAAACAACCACUUCAACAAGAACAGCACCGCUCAAGCAGAUUUUCCCCCCUACGGCUCAACCUUCUUCCACUACCCCACUGGCAGGUUCACUAAUGGCAGAACUGUUGCUGACUUCAUUUCACAAUUCAUGGGCAUUGAUCUUCAAAAACCAUAUCUUGAGGCACAGAUUGAAGUUCUCAAUGGAAGCCUCAAAGAUUAUCCCUCCAAUGGCAUUAACUUUGCCAGUGCUGGCAGUGGUGUUUUGCAGGCAACAAAUCGCGAUUUGGGCGUGACCUCACUCCAGGAACAAUUCCGACAAUUCCGAACACUGGUGGAGCAAAACCAGAUUAACAAAACCCUAGUCCAAAACUCCAUCUUCUUGUUCGAGUCUGGUUCCAACGACAUCUUCAGCUACUUUAUCCCAAUUGACCCUCCAAAACUUGACCCCGACGCCUAUGUGCAAGCGAUGCUAACCCAAGUCUCAACAUUCUUGGACCAAAUCUACAAACUCGGCGCUCGCCGAGUCUCCGUAUUUUCACUGGGACCUGUUGGGUGUGUCCCAGCCAGGGCCCUCUUGCCAGGCACACCCAUUGAUCGAUGUUACGGGAAGAUGAAUGCUAUGGUCAACAAAUUCAACAAGGGUCUAGAAAGCUUGGUCAACGAUACGCCUUCUAAGCACCGCGGUGUGCUCAGUGUUUAUGGUGCAGUCUAUGACAUCGUUCAACACUUUCGAGCCACUCCUACACGUUACCGGUUUUCGGACGUAUCGAGUGCAUGUUGCGGAGAAGGUACUCUAGGGGGAAUGAUACAGUGCGGCAAGGAGGGCUACAGGCUUUGUCCAAAUCCCAAUGAGUUUUUGUUCUGGGAUUAUUUCCAUCCAUCGGAGCGUGCGUACAAGCUCAUAUCCAAGGCCUUGUGGGCUGGCAAGAAAUCUCGAAUUAGACCCCUUAAUUUGAAGGCACUAGUCAACAUUAGCCUCCCUUAUGUUUGA